GGGCUGUGCGCUGGCUCGGGCUGUGUCCGGGCUCGGCUCCUGUCCAGCCUCGGGCUCUGUCCGUGGUGCUGCCGCCCCCGCGGCCGAGCGCAGCCCCCGGACCGCGCCCGGCAUCCUGUUGCGCCGGGAGCGCGGCGAGCGGGGGAAGAGCAUCCGAGCACCGGAGCACCGGAGCAUCCGAGCAUCGAAUUAUCCGAGCAUCGAAUCAUCCGAGCAUCCUGCCCGGGAGCUGAGCGCCGGCCCCGCUCGGAACAAUGGCUGCGCUGCCGCGGCUGCUCUGCGCGUCCGCGCUCGCCCUGCUGCUCUGGGCUGGACUUUGCUCCUCGGUGUGUGUGGAAGUUCCAUCUGAGACAGAGGCUGUGCAAGGGACAGACAUGAAGCUGCUCUGCAUCUCCUGCAUGAAGAGGGAAGAGGUGACGGCCAGCACGGUGGUGGAAUGGUUCUACAAACCCCCCGAGGGGGGAAAGGAUGAGCCUAUCUACGAGCACAGGAAAUCCAUCCACGAGUUCCCAAGCCGCUUCAGUGGGCGGAUCCAGUGGAAUGGGAGCAAAGACAUGCAGGAUGUUUCCAUCACCGUGCUGAACGUCACCCUCAACGACUCGGGCGUCUACACCUGCAACAUCACCCGCGAGUUCGAGUUCGAGAUCCACCGGCCCCUCUUCCAGAGCUCCAGGAAGAUCCACCUCACCGUGGUGGAGGAGGCUGGAGAAGACUUCACCUCUGUCAUCUCAGAAAUUAUGAUGUACAUCCUGCUGGUCUUCCUCACGCUCUGGCUGCUGAUUGAAAUGGUCUAUUGCUACAGGAAGGUCUCCAAGGCAGAGGAGGCUGCCCAGGAAAACGCGACAGACUACCUAGCGAUCCCGUCGGAAAACAAGGAGAACUGUGCUGUGCCUGUGGAGGAGUAGCGGGAGGAGGCAGCGGAGUGAGCGGCACCAAGGGGCUCUGAAUUCAGAAGGACCAUGCCACAGCAGCCAGGUUUGAGGGGGAGCUCUGCGCCAUCAGGAGGAACACGGGGAAGUGUAAAUCCUCUUCCACUUGCCUUGGACUCUGUACAGCCUUGACUUUGGUCCUGUGACCCCUGAGAGCUGCCAGCCCGGUGCUGAAGGACUCCUCUGUGGAAGCAUGCUGAGCAAACAGCACAGGGGCGUGGGCAGCACGGCUCCUUCCCGACUUCCAGCUCCAUCAGCACCUCAAUGGCUUUGUAAAUGCUACUGUCACUUCUUAGCUGCUCUCACCAGCACCUUUAUUUGCUAAAUAUGCUGCUUCUCCAUUGCAGAGGUUAGGGGUAUGUGUGGCACACUGCUCUGAGCUGCAGGAUGCUGAACAAGGCUCUCUUAGGGGGUUAUUCCACCACAUGCUGUGGCCCAAGCAGUUUUCUUGGUGUUAAAGCAGGAAGAAUUUAAUUAGUUAAUGAAGUCACUCAGAAUUUUAGGCUGUCCAUGCACAAGCUGAGUAGGGUUAGGACUGUAAUGCACUAAAAUUGGAAAUGUGUACUAGGAAGGACAGGUCCCUGUGCCAUGUUCACACUUCCUUCUGGAGGGAAUUGAGAAUACAGAUCCUGAAGCAGUCCUGCUAUGGGAAGCAGGAUGAUGUAAGUAUUAGAAUCCCCUGUGUCCCUCUCAUUUAUCAAGUGUCAAAACCCCCUUCCACCUGCCUGGCACAGCAGGUUUGCUCCUGGAGUACACAGAGGGAGGAGAAACCUGCAGAGCCACAGCUGGCAAGACAGCAGGACCAGGCAUGGGAUCACCUUUCCUGGGAAACCCCAAAAAACAAGGCAGCCUCAUGCUGGUAGGCAGGAGAAAUAAAUGGGAUGCAAAGGCCUCACAGGAUGGCAGCUCAGUAAAAUGGUUGUGGUUUUAUAACUGGGAUGGUUCUCUGGUGCUGUAGCAGCACCAUCUAGAGGGAUAGACAGAAAACACCCACUUCUCCCAGCUAAUCCUAAUUCUCUCUUGAAGUAAUUAAUCACCAGUAUAAAUAGUCUGGAUUCAUCCUAAAUCAUCCUCUGUUGCCCAGGAAUCACCCUGGAAAUUCCAUCUUUCCUACCCAAACUUACCUUUUCUGAGGGUUAAGCUGAGUAAAAAUUGUUUUCUCCUCUUCAAUGCAGAUCAGCUGAGCUCAACAAGCUGGGAUUGGAAGGGGAGAAAAGGCAGAAACAUUGGCCAGGGUGGGAUUGUGCUGUAAAACCAGGUGGGGAAGGUUUGGAUUUGUUGUGUGACAUCCCUGCUGCAAUGGAGCCCGUGCUGCUCUGCCAGAGCUGACAAACUGCUCCACUGACCUCUUUGUAAGUAGUUCCCAAGUGCUUGUGACUCCAGGCAUGCUCCCACCCACGGGAUCCCCUCUGCUUUGUUCUGCUGCUCUUUAUGUGCUCGCUGAAAUCACAGAAAUUACCCCAUUUGUAAGCCAGGCCCAGGCCAGAUUUCCAACUGGCACUUGUUCAAAACCCUUUUUUUAGAGUGGGUGGCAACUUUAGGAAACUACUCCAGUGCAGGCUUGGUAGUAGGAUUGCUCCCAAGCCCAGAGCCAAGCCUGGCAAGGGGAGCACAUUUUCCAGAUGAAGCUCACUCAUAAUCUGGGCACCAGCUCCCAAAAUCCUGCUAUCCAAAAGGGAUAUCCCAAGGAAUAUCCAAGCAGCUCCUCUUUGAAUUCAGCUGGAUGUCAUCUUUUUCCCCAUCCCACUUUGCCUGGCAGAAUCCUGAACUCAACAGAGGGACUGGGUUGUAACUCUGGACUUUCCAGCAUUGAGCCCAUGGUGAAUUUUAGGACACCUCUCCCACUCCAGCUCUGCUCCUCAGUCCCUGUGAACCACGGAUAACCCUGGUGUCCUACUGCCACAUCAGAAAAGGAGUGAACCCUUGAAGAACUUCUUGAGAGCUACCUCAGGUGGUAAAGAAGGGCCAUCCCCUUGUCCUGCACCUCCCUGUACCCCACAGGCAUCUUCUGCAGAUGCUCUUUUUUGGACAAAUCUUUCACUUUUCCAUUCCUGCAGACAGAGGUGAGCACUGCCAUGUGGUGUUCCAAGCAGGAGGAAACGGGGUGCAAAGUUCUGCUCAAUAAUCUCACAGGGAAAAAAAGAAUUAUAAUUUAAAAACUGGUGAUUUUUCAAGACCUGGAAGAGAUGGUCCUGGCAAAGACUGUGUGUGUGUUUGGAAUGAGAGAGGAGACUCCAGAACAGGCAGGAUAAUAAAAAGAACAAAGAGCCAC